AGGGCCCGCCAAAUGGGAGGGGGAGACGCAAGAUGGCGGCAGCCGCGAACUCCGGCUCCAGCCUCCCGCUGUUCGACUGCCCGACCUGGGCAGGUAAACCCCCACCUGGUUUACAUCUGGAUGUAGUCAAAGGAGACAAGCUAAUUGAGAAACUGAUUAUUGAUGAGAAGAAGUAUUACUUAUUUGGGAGAAACCCUGAUUUGUGUGACUUUACCAUUGACCACCAGUCUUGCUCUCGGGUCCACGCUGCCUUGGUCUACCACAAGCAUCUGAAGAGAGUUUUCCUAAUAGAUCUCAACAGUACACACGGCACUUUCUUGGGUCACAUUCGGUUGGAACCUCACAAGCCUCAGCAGAUUCCCAUCGAUUCCACAGUCUCGUUUGGCGCAUCCACAAGGGCCUACACUCUACGUGAGAAGCCUCAGACACUGCCAUCAGCUGUGAAGGGAGAUGAGAAGAUGGGUGGAGAGGACGAUGAGCUCAAGGGCUUACUGGGGCUUCCAGAGGAGGAGACUGAGCUUGAUAACCUGACAGAGUUCAACACUGCCCACAACAAGCGGAUUUCCACCCUGACCAUUGAGGAGGGGAAUCUUGACAUUCAGAGACCAAAGAGGAAGAGGAAGAACUCGCGGGUGACUUUCAGUGAGGAUGAUGAGAUCAUCAACCCAGAGGAUGUGGAUCCCUCAGUCGGUCGCUUCCGGAACAUGGUGCAGACUGCAGUGGUCCCAGUCAAGAAGAAGCGGGUGGAAGGCCCUGGCUCCCUGGGCCUGGAGGAGUCGGGGAGCAGGCGCAUGCAGAACUUUGCCUUCAGUGGAGGACUCUAUGGGGGCCUGCCCCCCACGCACAGUGAAGCCGGCUCCCAGCCACACGGCAUCCACGGGACAGCACUCAUCGGGGGCUUGCCCAUGCCAUACCCAAACCUCGCCCCUGACGUGGACUUGACUCCCGUCGUGCCGUCAGCAGUGAACAUGAACCCUGCACCCAACCCUGCGGUCUAUAACCCCGAAGCUGUCAACGAACCCAAGAAGAAGAAAUAUGCAAAAGAGGCUUGGCCGGGCAAGAAGCCCACACCUUCCUUAUUGAUUUGAUAUUUUUGGUCAUGGAGAAGGGUGGGAUUGGGUGGGAAUUGGGUGGAAGGGUGAGGGGGGAGUUAAUGAACUAGGGAGAAAACUUUCCAUGUGUGCGGUCUCGUCUUUCAGAAUGUCUCCUGGGGCCCUAACCAUGUACUAUUAAAGCUGGGGAGUAGCCCAUAAAGACCUGUCUUCAGAACACUUCGAGUGUAGAGCAGUGUUUCAAAUUUCCUGCCAAGUAGGCUGCCCUGGCUCUUUCCCAGGCCUUCCAUGACCUCCUUUUUCUGUUCUCCCUCGUUUUAGGGUCCUUUUGAUUUAAAGUCCUGUACCCUGAGGGGAGAUUCCAGGCCCUCGGGUGGGAUCUUGAGCCAUGGCUCUGGCAGCGGCAUCAGCAGCCUGUGGGUCCGGCAGCUGGAUUUCUGUUGACUUUCCUUGCAAGUCCCAGGUAGCAAAGGGGUUGCCGUGGAUCCCAGGUCGAUCAGAAGGGGAUUUAGAAUUCUUCAGUUAAGCUAAGGUUUCAGCUCAGAAAUGUUUGCCUAGGUCACUGGUUUUGAGGUCCAAUAGUUAGGCUUUUUUCUCUUUUGUCCUUUCUGUUGGAAUGAGAACAUUUUGAUUUUCCUUCAUCUAUGACCAGUGCCAUAGACACAGAUGGGUAGUUAAACUUACAGUAUUGUUGGAUCUUUACCUGUUUCUCUCGUCACACCUGAGUACUCUACUUCCUGAAGUUUCUCGUUUGAUUCCAGAGUACUGUCCUCCACUCGCUAAAGCCUUGCUUUCCUUUUCAAGUGUGUUGUGAAGGUAAUUUUUUAAGGAUAUGACCAGUCAGAGCAGCAAUUCCAUUAAAAAGGAAAAGAUUACUUCGCAAAUAACGGAUGUCUUUAAGAGGACAUUUUUAAAUGUUGGUUCCGCGGCUCUCCCCUCCUUCACUGAGAGCUCUCAUAACCCAGAGCUCCAGGACUGGGCCCAGCUAACAAACCUAGGAGACGAAGGUAGCAAACAGUGAUACGAGCUUUGUACAGAGAUUUGUACAUUUGUGUAAUAGGCCUUUUCACGCUUUAUGUGUAGCUUUUUACCUGUAACCUUUAUUACAUUGUAAAUUAAACGUACCUUUUGUCAUU